CGAAGGACAAGCAUGCUACCACUUGUGUUCAUAUCAGCAGUAGUACUGGUCGCGGGGCUGUUCUACAAAUACAUCAUUUAUCCUGCUUGCAUUUCCCCAUUUUCCAAGGUACCCAGAGCACACUUCAGUGUCCCUUUCGCAUCACUUUGGAUCCGGAGGAAGCGCCCAGAGGGCACGAAUGCUAUUCAGACCCUUCUUGCGGCACAUAAGAAGCAUGGCCCAAUCGUACGACUGAGUCCUGAUGAGCUGAGUGUGGCCUCCCUGGAUGGUCUUCGCCAGAUAUAUACCGGCGGGUUCGAGAAGGCACAGGAGUACGAGGACGAGUUCAUGAAUUAUGGGAUACCCAACCUAGUAUCGAUGCUUCAAAGUAAACCCCACUCUGUCCAGAAACGCAUGAUUUCCAAUGUCUAUUCCAAAUCGUCUAUUCAGAACUCGGCGGAUCUGCGAACGUUCUCGAAAGUUCUGCUUUUUGAGAGCUUGUUCCCGCCACUCCAGUCUGCAGCUCAAGAAGACGCAGCCGUUGAUGUCUAUGGGCUCAGUCAAGCCCUCGGCUCAGAUUUCAUUACGGCAUUUCUCUUUGGCAUUGACAAUUGUUCGAACUUUAUUCGGGACGUCCCUGCUCGAAGGAAAUUCAUGGCCAAUUACUGGGCAAAAAAGGACGGCGUGGAUGUGAAGAGAGCUACUGAUGAGCUCGAGGCCCACGUUCUCUCCUUGUGCCGAGCUGCAGAGACUUUGUCAGGAAACUCACCAAUAUCUCGGCCAGUCGUGCAUGCUCAACUCUCUUCUCAGCUUUUUAAAUCAUCGAUUUCACCACAGCAAAAAGAGCUUGUCGUUGCAUCAGAAAUGCUUGAUCACAUCUUGGCCAGUAUUGACACUACCACGGUAACAAUGACCUACCUAAAAUGGGAGCUGUCGCGGAAUCCAGGCUUACAAUCAGCGUUGAGGAAAGAAUUACUAAAUCUCUCUUCUCCGUUAGUUUAUACUCCGAAUGCUAGCCAGGGAGAACGAAGGUUGCCAGAUCCAAAAGAGCUCGACUCGUUACCUCUUCUCAACGCGGUUCUGAAGGAAGUCUUGCGGGUCUAUCCACCAACUCCUGCACUUCUCGACCGAGUCACGCCCCCAGGUGGGGCUGUCAUCGAGGGGUAUGCUAUUCCAGGAGGUAUCAGAGUCGGUACUUCAGCAAAGGUCAUGCAUCUGAAUGAAAAAGUGUUCUCAGAUGCGGGGUCAUUCGUACCAGAGAGGUGGCUGAGUGAUGGAAAAGAGGAGAGUGUGAAUCGAAUAAAGGAGAUGAAUAGAUGGUUUUGGGCGUUUGGAUGCGGGGGUCGAAUGUGUAUUGGAAACCAUUUCGCCACUCACAUGCUCAAAUCUAUUACAGCAGCAAUCUAUACAAAUUAUGAGACGACUAUUGUCGAUGAUGAGGGAAUCGAACAGGAAGAUGCUUUCCUGGCAGGACCAGUGGGACGCAAAUUAGUCCUAAAGUUCCGUUCUGUGAAUGAUGCCAAUUAGCCUUGGCACCGUGGCUAGCACCUAUUUCCGAAAUGAAUCAUUACAUGUAACAAUAUCACCUGUUGGCGUACAAUUACCCCUCCGCUAUAUUCAUGUAUAAGUCUCUGCUAGGGAAUAGAAUACAGGCUUCUCUCCUCUUCGAAGUGCGGGAAAUAAUCUCUAUUUGGUCUUCCCUGUUAUCUCUCCAGUCCGAUGUACCAGCACUUUUGGGACAUCGGAGCGAGGUGAACGAAAUCCCAACUCAGAGACUCACUCUCAAGCGUCAAGAAGUGUCUGAAUGUAUCAACAAAUCUUGGAACAUUGGAGCAAUUUGCAACUAAACCUGGGCUCGAAGAUUUACCCAUGAUUGUACAAGCGUGU